UGUUACAUAGAGGAAGGCAACAGGAGCCCGCGUGGUGGCGCCGCGGGUUCAGCCCCGCGCCGGGACCGCCGCACCCCAUAUGGGAAUCCUAUGUGCGCGCAGUCGGGGCUCUGCGGGGAGUGACCCCGCGGACCGGGGAUCUCGCUCUCCGACCUGCGUCUCCUGACACGGAAGCAAAUACUAUUUUCACGAGAAACGAUUUUUCUGUACGGCCCCCACUAUUCAGCUGUUGAUCCCAUGGAGUUUCCGAAAUGGCGCGCCCAAACCCGGACGGGAACGAAGAGCGGCACGAGGGGGGCGUUCCCGCCGUCAGCCCCGCCCCACGCUUUCCCGCACGCCCCGCCCCCUCGGCGCCGAGUGCCUCUCGCCACACUCAACAUGGCGGCGCCGCCGGCCCGCUCUGGGGCUUAGCGCACACCGCUAGCGGCGUGUUCCACUCCAGUCAUGGCGGCCCCCAGGCAGGCAGUGGGCAGCGGGGCUCUGGAGAGCUGCGGUCUGGACCUGAUUUUGGAGGCGCUGAAGCUGCUGCUGAGCCCGGGAGAGAUUCUGGAGAGUGAUGUGACGCCAGGGACCGUUUUGGUAACAGAAGAAGAACUUAGUAGAUGUGUUGAAGAUGUGUUUAAGGUGUACGUGGUCGGGAAUGAACCUCUGACCGUGCUGCUGGAUGCCCUGCUUCCGGUCCUGGGAGUGCUCUUUUCUCUCUACUGUUUCACAAAGCAGAGUGUGUCUCACAUAAGGUCACUUUGCCAAGAGAUCUUAUUAUGGAUUCUGGGGAAGCUGGAGAGGAAGAAGGCGGUUGCCAGCCUGAAAGGCUUUGCAGGCCUGGACAGAGCUGCACCCUCGCUCCACUCUCUGUGUCAGUUCAGAGCUGCCGCGCAAGGUGGCAUCGAGAUUGCCAUCAGGGAGGCCCCUAGUGAGGAAGAUGAUGAUGAAGCCCUGUUCCAGAAGGUGUCCUCCGAGCAGGGCCAGGUGGAGCAUCUCGGGGACCUGUUGUCGCACUGCCAGGAGAGUGGAUUGGCGGGGGACUUCUUCAUCUUCUGUCUGAAGGAGCUGACCCACGUGGCGGUGGAAAGUGAAGCGGAGUUCAAAGCCAGGACCUUCUGCGGCCAGAGCCUCUUGGAAUUAGAGCGACACCGGACUCUGCUUGUGGAAGGCCAGGAGCGGAGGCUGCUGGUCCUGCAGCUGGUGGCUGUUCUGUGCGAGAGGAUGUCCGAACAGAUAUUCACCAACAUCGCGCAGGUGGUGGACUUCGUCGCAGCAACACUGCAGAGAGCCUGUGCCAGCUUGGCCCAUGAAGCAGAGAGCACUGUGGAGUCGCAGACGCUGAGUAUGUCCAUGGGGCUGGUGGCUGUCAUCCUAGGAGGGGCUGUUCAGCUGAAGUCCAGCGACUUUGCUGUCCUGAAGCAGUUGCUGCCUCUGCUGGACAAGGUCUCCAGCACGUACCCCGACCCCACCAUCCAGGAGCUCGCCGUGGAUCUCCGCAUCACCAUCUCUACCCAUGGAGCCUUUGCCACGGAGGCUGUCAGUGUGGCUGCCCGGAGCACCCUGAGCAAGAAAGAUCCAGAAAGGAAACCGGAAGGGCAGCGACACACGAAUGCUGAUGGAGCUCAGAGCCACCUCGAGCAGCAGCAAAACCGGGAGAAAGCGCCCCUCGCAGGCCAGCAGGCCCAGGCUGCAUCUGUGCCUAAGGGGAGCCCUGAGCCCAGCACUGGCACAGCCCAGAAGCCUGGAAGUGUAACCACAGAACAGCUCCAAGAGCUGCUUUUGUCAGCUUACGACCCUCAGGUUCCGACGCGGGCCGCAGCCCUGCGCACUCUGUCCCGCUGGAUAGAGGAGAGGGAGGCCAAGGCCCUCGCGGUGCAGGAGAAGCUUCUCAAGAUAUUCUUGGAGAACUUGGAGCAUGAAGACACGUUCGUCUAUCUGUCUGCGAUUCAGGGUGUUGCCCUGCUCUCAGAUGUGUACCCGGAGAAGAUCUUGGUUGACCUGCUGGCUCAGUAUGACAGUGGCCAGGACAAGCACACACCGGAGACCAGACUGAAAGUCGGGGAGGUGCUGAUGCGAGUCGUGAGGGCACUAGGGGACAUGGUUGCUAAGUACCGAGAACCUUUGAUCCACACCUUCCUGAGGGGGGCGAGAGACCCGGACAGCGCUCACAGGGCCAGCAGCCUCUCCAACCUGGGAGAACUGUGCCAGCGGCUGGACUUCCUGCUGGGCCCCGUGGUCCAUGAGGUGACAGCUUGCCUGACUGCUGUGGCUAAAACGGAUCGUGAAGUUCAAGUGCGCAGAGCUGCCAUCCACGUAAUUGUGCUGCUGCUUCGGGGACUCAGCCAGAAAGCCACUGAGGUGCUGAGGGACGUCCUCAAGGACCUCUACCAGCUGCUGAAGCACGUGGUGCGCGCGGAGCCCGAUGACGUGGCCAAGCUGCACGCCCAGCUGGCCCUGGAGGAGCUGGACGAGAUCAUGAGGAACUUCCUGUUCCCCCCACAGAAGCUGGAGAAGAAGAUCGUGGUCCUGCCCUAGGCGCAGCGCAGGGCACAUGGGGGAGGGAAGGCCCCUCCCCGCGCAUCUUCCAGCAGGUGGUCCCGCUGUGGCUGACGCUGGAGGUGGCUUUGUGAUGCUGGUCACGUGGGUCUCCAAGUGACCUCAUGCAUCUACGUUGCCAUCCUGCUUCCAGCCCGAAGCCCGUGCAGUUAGAAGAUAAAAGGGGACAGACCUCUUCCAUCUGCACAUCUGUCCCUGUCCUGUAGCGUUCAGAGAGAGAGGGCCUCUGGUGGGAGCUGGCUGGUGGGCGUGUGCUCUGACCUGACUGGCGGCGUUUGAUGAGUGGGCUCUCCCUCCGUGGCCACCCACACAGCCUGCACGCCGCACUGCUCCGUGCCGAGAUUGUCCUUCCUGUGCCGUGGGCACUGGCGGAGCCAGGCAUCCCAGACUGGGGAGAGCAGACGGAGGUGGGGAGGAGAGGGGAACGGUCACCAGAACGUGCAAAACGGAAUAAAGGGAUCCUGGCUGGAAAGAA